UAUACGAUCCUAAAAUCUUCUCAUAUAUGGCUACCGCUAAAUUUAUAUUUUCGAAACAAAGUUUAUAACAAUUGGUCAUAAAUAAUUCAUUAUAUCUUUGGUCAAAAAUUUCCUAAUAGUGUAUUAUCUACAACUGUCUUUUAAAUCGUUGCAACAUGGAAAAACCUCGCCUUUAUACCACACUCCGACAACUUCGCCAAGGCAAAUCGAUACAAAAUCAAAAACCUCCAGAUGUGCCCGAAGAUGUUAUAUUACCUUCAGAAACCUCCAAGAAGCUUAACUUUGGUGAAACCAAUAAAAUUUUUAAAAAUUUGCUACCAAUAAAUGUGAAUGAUUCCAUACUGCCACCUCAGAAUGUCUUUCGUACUCAAAAAGUUCAUAAGAAUAUGGAUCCAUCUUUACUACCGGACCUAAGGGAUUACUUACAGCCGCUGCCGCCAUUUAGUCAUGUCAUACCAGAACCCGAGUUACAUCUUGAGUUUAACUAUUCCCGUGGAUUUGAUGUGUAUAAAAAUCUUUAAGAAGCUUCACCACGUUGGAUUAUAAGUUCUAAAGUAUUUUAAGUUAGUGCAUACAAAAUUUUAAGCUAUGAAUUAUAUAUUUUUUAAUUUUAAUUUGUUAA